CCAGAACUGCGACCGCACCCGUCAGUUGCGGCUUCUCGCGCUCAUCAUCGUCGCGGGUUGAUCGACCACGCACUUCAUUUUCUCUUUCGGUUCGCUUUUGCUUCUCCAUUCCAUUUCCAAAAGCAUUGGCAUUGGGCGCCCGGCGUAUCAAUUUGGCUUUGAAUUUUGCGCUCCGGAGCAUCGUGACUGCCGGCACGAGCCUGGCCUGUCACUGCCUCACGUCGACUUUGAUCCCAACCGUUUGAGACCCACGCCGCUUCUGUGCCUCUCGCCUCGAAGUCCCCACGUCCUCGCAGCUCGCCAACAGGCUACGAAAGUGAUAGCUUCCUGUGGGAGUGUCCUUUCAUACCUGAUCUCCUUCCGCGGGCCCCUAUCGCAUGAUGAUGGCAGCCGACACCAGACGCCAGAAUGCAGGAGCCAGAGUGCCCGUGGCCCUGCCCAAGGGGGAGCCGACUCAGCCUGCAGCAUCUUCGGUCUCUCAGGACGUUAGUUUGCAGUUAGCGAUUGGAAGCCGUGUCCGCCUGACCACCACUGCGCCAAAUCAAACGACAGUGGAGGGGACUGUCUAUACAGCUGAUCCCCUGACCAACCUUCUCGUCAUAAACACCACUGCCAGCUCUAGCACCUCCAUUACCUCCACUUCCCUCGUCGCGCCAGCGGGUGCUUACCGCAUCAUCCCCAUUUCGCAGAUCAGCACGUUUCAGCUCCUCUCGCUCCCUCAGUCAUCCGCUAUAUCUGCAAACAUCUCGGCCCUUAACACAAUCGAUACCAAUGCUGUGCAAACCCGACUUGCGAGGAACAUAGCUGGCCAACAAGCAGCACAAGCCCGUGUUGGUCCCAAGGGCACUAGCCCAGUUGAUCAAGCGCUGUUCGAUUCCCUCUCACGGACUCAUCCAGCGCGCUGGUCCGGCAACACGAUGAUUAUCUCUGAUACUUUCUUGAUCGAUAAGCCGUAUGGCGCAGCCAAUGUUCGGCACGCCGAAGGCCGGGACGGAGAUCUGGACCGGAUGAAGAAGGUGGUAGAUAUGGAGCGGCAGAAGAUCACACUGAGAUUUGCAAAGGGAUCGCUGGAUGGGAAGCUAGGAUCGGAGGUCUCGCCUGUCAAAGCGGCUUCGCCCGCAGGCAUGAAGAAGGGCGGGUAAUGUAGACCAAGGGAUUAAAACCGAAUGUCUGGUCUUCAAUGAGGAAAGAGGAAGGGACGGUCCACUGUGCGGAAUCUCGCGCAGGGGUCAGGAACAAGCACCGACGGGCUCUGAAUAUUUGUUUGGAGCCAUCAUCAGGAUAUCAAUCAGGACGGCACAGAGCGCUGACAGGCUUUGGUGCCAGAGUGACUGCAACUCAAUCAACCCGACGGCCCUGUUUAGACCAAGGUCAUAACAACCGUCAAGUUAUGUUGUGCGCAGUGUUCGAGCAGCAGGAUAGAGAGGCUCAUCAUCCUACUCUCCAUGAAAAUUGGAUUGAGGAGAUCCUAAAGGAUGUUGUGCACUGAGCUGGACCAACCAUGCGUCCAUAACAAUAUUCUGCAUAUGUUCUCCUCUCUUAUCACUCGUAUCUGGACUCUCUACGCGAAGCGCGGGAUGCAGGAAAAUUAUUCUGCUCCAGUAUCUCUCUCAGAGUGACUCACGGUCGAAUUCAAGUGCUCAACCAUCCAGAAUUUGGCCAACGCUGCGGUGCGGGGCAUAUGGAGCAUGUUUUUGGGAGGACAGUGUGAUCGACCCCUUUUCGCGCGUCAGCCUUGCGGACUCCCUCAGCGCAGCUAUAGGCCAGAACAGACGAAGUAUAUAU